CUCUGACGGUGGCAGCAAUGCAGACGAGGACGCCGACGAGAAGAAGCCGAAACAGGGUCACGACCGUGACUUUGGCAGCGAAGCCGGGUCUGCUGGCGAGCAAAAAAAACGUCUUGAGAUUGGCGGCGUUGUUCCUCCUUCAUCGGAUAAUGAUGGAGGGAACAAAACGGACGCAGCUGGAGGAGCAGACGACCACCAUGCAGCUGCCGCAGCCGCUCCUGAUGUGAACAUCAAAGGUGCUUGUGCUACAACAAGACAAGACGAAGAGACACUUCUAGGAUACACAAACAAGGAGCUGUUGGAGCGUGUGCGGGAGCUAGAGGUUGACAAAGAAGAGUCAGAACGCGUGAUCCAUCGUUUGCGCCUGAUCAUCAACGAGAUGUCGAUGCGGCUUGUCAGGUUGAAGAGCAC